AUAUAGCAUUGUUUGGCUUCCUCUUGAAAAUGGCUGCCGUAUUGGACGAAGUCGGCAAAUCCGCCGAAAAAUUAGUAAAUGAAGAAAAAGAUGAAAUUGUUGAUGAAGAAGAUGAAACUGGUGCCGUAGAAGCGUCUAAAAAGAAAAAAAAGAAGAAAAGAAGAAGAAAGCUGGUAUCUGGUGAAGCUAGUGCAGAUGUUCCAGAAGGAGAAGAAGAAAAAACAAAACAUGAUAAUGCUGUAGAUGAAGAAGUUGAUAUAGAGGCAACAGAAAAUGAUGCAGAAACAGAAGAUAAAAAAAAAAAGAAGAAACGUAAAUCACGUGGGAAAGGUCCUAAACAACAAACAGAUCCACCAACUAUUCCUGUGUCAGAAUUAUUUUCAGAUGGAAAUUUCCCAAUUGGGCAAAUAAUGGAUCAUCCACCUGCUGCAGGAGUAGAUGAUAGAACAGCUAAAGAACGUUUUUCAAGUGAAGAAGCAAGAGCAUUUGAUAGAAUGCAUAAUGAUAUUUAUAAUGAAGCAAGGCAAGCAGCUGAAGCUCAUAGACAAACAAGAAAACAUAUUAUGAAAUGGGUGAAACCUGGAAUGACAAUGAUAGAAAUUUGUAAUGAAUUAGAAAAUACAGCUAGGAAGUUAAUAGGAGAAGAUGGAUUGAAAGCUGGAUUAGCAUUUCCAACUGGUUGUUCAAGAAAUCAUUGUGCAGCUCAUUAUACUCCAAAUGCUGGAGAUCCAACUGUUUUAGAAUAUGAUGAUGUUACUAAAAUUGACUUUGGAACACAUAUUAAUGGACGAAUUAUUGAUUGUGCAUUUACAUUGGCAUUCAAUCCAAAAUAUGAUAAGCUCAUAGAAGCUGUUCGUGAUGCGACAAAUACAGGUAUCAAAGCUGCUGGUAUUGAUGUUCAACUAUGCGAUGUUGGUGCUGCAAUUCAAGAAGUUAUGGAAUCAUAUGAAAUUGAAUUAGAUGGCAAAACUUAUCCGGUAAAAUCCAUAAGAAAUCUUAAUGGUCAUUCAAUUGCUCCGUAUCGUAUCCACGCUGGAAAAACUGUACCGAUAGUUAAAGGUGGCGAAGCUACCAGGAUGGAAGAGAAUGAAUUUUAUGCUAUUGAAACUUUUGGAUCUACUGGAAGAGGAAUUGUUCAUGAUGAUUUAGACUGUUCUCAUUAUAUGAAGAGCUUUGAUGCUGGUUUCGUUCCAUUAAGAUUACAAAGUAGCAAAUCUUUACUCAACGUUAUUAAUAAACAUUUCGGUACUUUGGCUUUCUGCAAACGAUGGUUAGACCGUGUUGGUUGCACAAAAUAUCAAAUGGCUUUGAAGGAUUUAUGUGAUAAAGGCGCAGUAGAAGCUUACCCACCUUUAGUUGAUGUCAAGGGAUGUUACACUGCUCAAUUUGAGCAUACUCUUGUUUUACGCCCAACAUGUAAAGAAGUUAUUUCUCGCGGAGACGACUACUGAAAUGUCUAUUGUUUUAAAUUGCGUAUACUCAUUAUAUUCACAAUCUGAGAAUGUACAAGUUGAUUUAUGUAAAGUCACAUCGAUGAUAAAUGUUAAUUAUUAAUAACGCUAUAUUUAAUUAUACAAUUCUAAUGAUAUUUUAUUGAUUGUUUCCUUUUUAUGGAUAGAAAGACUAUAAUCAUGAUAAGAUGAAAUCUUGUGAAAUAUACAAAAAAUAUGAAAAUUA